AUGGCGAACAAUGACCACAGCACACCGCCAUUCAUGUACCUAUUCAAGGGCCUCUACCCCAGGAGGCACUCCCAGACAACUCCAGAUAAGAGUACCAGUACUCUUGCCUCCGCUUCCACGCCCAAAUUGACCAGAAGUCGAAGCAAUACUCGUCAUGCGGAAAUCAUUGAGGACUUCCCCCGAAUCAUUGAACAAAAGUACAACUCGUCAGUGGAAUCCCGGUCACAAUGCCUCCAUAGUCAAUUACAAAGGGACAGAAUAGACAUCGGACCUGCGGAUUUGGUUCACAUUACAUUGUCGGACCCAUACCAUAACACGCCACUAGGUCAAUACUUCCAUCUCACAGGAUUGGAUUGCUCCAAUGAUACAAACCCAUUGGCAUUCCUCCGCUUGAUUACUUCAUCUUUGAGUACCCAGUUCGAUAACGUUGUAUAUUGUUCGUACAAUUUGUUCGCGAAACAGGACGUGAGAAUCCAUUUCGAAUCCAUGGAUGUGUAUCAAGUGAGCGUCUUGGACUUCCAGGGGACAACAUGGCCCCCAGAAAGAGUUGCCUUGACGGAACAAGUGUGGGAUGAACUGUUUGUGAGCGCAAUGAUAAGGUCUGUGCUUUAUAAUUGGGAUAAGGAGAGACAAGUGGCUGGGUUGGUGCAAUUACCAUUGAUGAGAAAUAAUUUGCAAAGAAUCGUGAAGCUGGUGUGCCAAUUUGUACCCAGGUUUGCUGAAUCAGGAUGGGAUAAUUGUCAAUCCGUGUAUUUGACCAUAUUAGAUAAUUAUUUGAUUGUGGCCCUCUUGCAAUUGUUGAAGGUUUCUGGGAGGGAGAUUGUGCAGUAUACUUUGGAUUACUUGAUGGAGUUGGCAUCGAUCGAGGAGACCUCGAAUGAUGAUGCGAUGUAUUAUAAAAUUGUAAGGAUCGCCAUUAUGGAUCAGACGGAGGAGAUGGACGUGGAAAUGAUACGGGAUAUCAAUGAAUUGUUGAUACCGUUACUCACUAAGAUAAAUGAUAGUGGUAGUAAUCGAGAUGCCCGCGGUGAUCGUCAACGAUCGUUACAAUUAAUUAAUUCUGUUGCUGUCCUAUUGAAUUUCCAGGCGAAAUUUCUAAUUAACCAACGUGAUUAUGAAAAGGCAUUAGCUGUUUCCUCCAUGUCCACGAGUCUUUCAUCAGACACUUUCAAUUCCUGGUAUUAUUUAUCAUUGUCCUAUAUCUCACUGGGUCGAUUUGAUAAGGCAUUAUACGCGAUCAACUCCAUGCCAUUUUUACCAGAAAUAGAUUCCAUCAAAUUGACACAACAAGCUAGUAUGGAUGGUGGUCAUUAUGUUAGACCCAAAGGGAUGAACACAUUCCAGUUAGAAGCCGUUGAAUUCGAUAAUUUAACAAGAGCUUUGAAAAAUUUAGACAUUGAUACUUUGAAAAGCAUCAUAUUUGGGAGAGUAGUUAUGCCCAAUAGAUCCAAACGUGGAUGCAUUGGAGAAUUAUGGAGUCAAUCGUGUUUACAAGUGGGCCCCAUUUUUGGUCCACAGAGUGAUAAUUUAAUGGAUUUCGUGUCAGAUGCAGAAGUCUCCUCUAUUACUGAUAAGAACUUAUUGAGGAGAAGUUUGAUUACUAGAGAAUAUAGUUGGUCUCAUAAACAGAUUUACGGAUUAUUGAUGAUGAUCAGUGAAUCUUUGGGAUGGAAUACUCUCAUUGAACUACGAGCCGAUAUUUUUGUCAUGGAAAAAGAGUAUGCAAGCAUUGAAAGGGAAACUAUCCUAAAUAAAGGAAUCUUGCCAGCCCACGUGAGAACAAAAAGGCUUUGUCAAAGAUGGUUAGAUCAAAUAUUUUUAGACAUUUACGAAGAUUUAACGAUAUCUAGUACUUUGGCUGCAGCAACCGCGGAUGAAAAUGCUAACAACAAGGAAUCCAUGAAAUAUACUGGACUGGAAUGGGAACUGCUAGGUUUGGCAAUGAUGAGGAUUUGGAAAUGGGAAGAUGCCCUGGCAUGUUUAAGAACAAGCAUGGCAGCAAGAUUCGAUAUUAUAAGUUGUACAAAUCUUUUGACUUUGUACUUAAAUCAACAUGCAUCUGGAAUAUCCGUCAUUGAUUCCGAUCUGGUGAUAGAACUCAUUGUAAAGAAGGUCUCUUAUGAAUCGAGAUUUUACGAUACCUUUCAAUUAUUCAACCUGAAUGUAUUAUUUUCUCUUGCUGAUGAUAUGGGCCUUUCCAUGCUCAAGGGAAAGAUCAUGAUUCUACCCUUCCUGGAACCUGGAAUACGGACAAUGAUAGAUAACAUGCUAGAAUGGGUAGAAGAGAAGUUAUCCAUACCGCAUGGUACCAUCACAUAA